GUGUAAAAAUGGCACUGGUAAUGCUGCCAUGUGACCUGCCUUGGUGGCCGCAAGUGCAGAGGAUGCUGGGUCAAUUGCAACCGCAAGAAGAGGGAUCAAGCGUGCCAAUCGAAGCGCUCACCCGAGUCCUCACCAGCAUCCACGCUCUCUGCAAUGUUGGCCUGGACCCUGACGAACCGGAAACGGUGGACCCGGAGCAGUUCACAAAGCUGACGUGGUUUUUGGAGAAAGAGUGUGACAUGUACGAAAGAGAGGAGAUUCUUUCCAAGGCAAUUCCGUGCAUGGUAAAAUACGCGCUCAAAUUGAAAGAGCUCAAACCGGCCAACGGCGUUCACUUCAGUUUACAGCAACAAGCGGACAAUGUCUCGAUGGACAAACGGCUGGCGGCCUCGUUGCUAUCGCACGCUUUCUUCUCUUCAUUUCCGAAGCGCUCGCUCAAAACCCACCCCACGCUCUUGGACUUCAACUUCAGCCACUUUUUUAAGCACUUGCACCUGCCAAGCCAGCAGGCCAAGUUCCGCAGCUUGAUGCACUACUACACCUUGCUCAGUUUGAACGAGCCGCAGGGUUCCAUAACCGUGUCAAGAAGAGUGUUGUCAAGUGCAAAGUGGUUGACGGUUGAGGACUGGCUUGAGAGCGAUCGGCCACUCUGUCCUGUUAUGGUGCGGCACCAACCGCGGCCAGAGCGUGUGCCAGAGCCGGCGGCCGUCGUGCUGGCGCCCUGCGACUGUCACGUUGGACUGGACGCGUUUAGCGAAGGUUUCAACCCCGAGUGCCGUUUACUGGUAGGCCAGCCUGAAGUGCUGGUGCUUCUGCUUUUCUUUGAAGCUCUCGAAGACAACGAAACGCUGCUCCUCGAGGGCGCCAGUCGGACGGCCAGGCUAAAUCCUGCGGCGCCUCACUUUGAGAGCAUAGGAAUUGAAAAUUGGCCAUCUCAGACAAAUCAGCUUUUAAGUUUUGCCGACCCCGAGGACUUUUCAGAUCUUCCGCCUCGGCAGUACGAAGAGGACAACAUUCUCCGAGAGCUCAAUAAAUUGUACCUCGCGUUCCAGCCGGCAAAUACCAAGCAAAUUACAAACUUACACGCCAAGUGCCCGCCGCCGGUGGUCCACAACAACCAACCAACUUGCAAGCGGCUGUCUCCCAUCGGCGAGUCGUUCAGCUCCGCCACGCCGCCUGAAAUGCCUUCGCCCGCAAACGUGCCACAGAAAAGAUUCACAUUCAACAACGGCACCAACAACAAUAACAAACAAUUGCUCACAGUGGAGCGAAAAGGCAGGUUCAUCGCACUCGGCUCCUCGGGGGAGCUGCUCCCCGUUUCCAGAAAUGACAUAUACAGUUCGUCCUCAAGAUUUACCGGCCCUAGGCACUCCUUGAUUGGCAAACAACCCUCCCCGGCCCCACUGCUCACACCCAAAUUUAGACUUAGCAAAAAAUCUUCCAAUAGUACCCAGGAGGGAGACAAUAAUGAUUCCAGCGACGAUGAUGACGAGUUUCAUAGUGCGAAAGAGAGUUUGGACUAUAGCGAAGAUGAUAUUCCAGACGGGAACGGAGCGCACCAGUUUGGCCACGAGUUGGACACCGCGCAACGUAGGUGCAGUUUCGCGCAAAGGUUAAGAGAAGCUUUGAAAAGAGAAGCAGGCGCUCUAGGCCGGAAUUCCGAGCAUGGAAAUAAAGACGACGAUGGAGAAUCAAGCAGCAGUUCAUCCAGUUCAGAAGCUGAUGAUGGAACCACUUCUAGAUCUAAGCCUCGCAGGGCAGGUUCCUUUGGCUUCGCUUUGCCAGACGACCAGAAUUUGGAUGACGAGGUGGCCCUACCGCGACGGUGGUUGCGGAAGGCGCUGUCAAAGGAGAGUGAGAGCGUCGAGGACUCAAAUGCGAGUCAGUGCGACACAGACUCGGAGCUGGAAGAACUCUACGAGCAUUUCUCUCGGUGGCUGGACCGCGAGGGCGAAGAGGAGGCGCAAGACGAAGCAGUUCGCAGUUUUGCACGCGGACUGCUGACCAGGACUUUGAGCGACUGUGGUGCCAUUUCGGCCAGUACUAAGAGCACUGGUGUUACGAGAUCACUCAGCGAGGCUGCGGGCAGCACUUGCAAUGGGAGAGCGCCAAGAAGACUUGCAGCUCAUUUGGCGUCCCUUUUGGGAGAUGGAAAAGUAGGGCCGAGACCAGUAGCCUCAGGCUCGUGGUGGCGAGGCUGCUACACCACCGACCUCCAGCUCAAAGCUCUCCUUCAAUGGCUGGCUGCCAGUCAAACUCAGAGUUCAUGCCUGCUUUUUUACACAGAAAGUGUUGAUUCACUCGCUAAGUUGGAUACCUUGUGUAGAGUGAUUGUAGACAGACAAUGGACAGUGGGCGAGUUGACGAGCGCCGUUCUACGAUUUGCUCAAGGUACACUCGAGUCGUCUGAGGACCCGGCAAACCCAGUGCCCGAAGGAGAAACCCCGAGAGCACUGUUUAACGAGCUAAUUGGAUCCGAAAGGGCCCAGGUGGUAGUUGAAACAGAACUAUGACCCCGAACAAUACAACGGCAAGCAACCAAGGCUGUGCAGUAAUGAGAGACCUUACUUAUAAAUUUAGACCCCCUUUUGUACGAAAACUAAUCGAGAGAUAUUCCUUCCGUGCCUUCCUCAACAAACGUGUCAAAUCUAAAAAAAAAUCUGGUCUUCUUAAUUUUUUGAGGGAAGCAAAUGACAGCUUGUUGUAAGCCAGACUUGUGAAAGAGAUAGUGUAUAUAAUUAACAGAUAGCAUUGCUUGUUUAUAGUUCCACAUUUGUACGCUUGCUUUAUUACUUUUCAAAAAUAAAAACAGGAAUUCUAAUAAUUAUGAUUUGUUGCCGCAUCAUUAUAUAUCCAUCUGUGAUCUACCUGAAGACAGGUGGGAACUGUUUAUAGUGUGUAUAAUACAUGAUUGAUUAUAUAGUUGCACAUUUUUGUUUUGCGUAGACACCUUUCAAUGAUUGAAACAUAAGUGUACAAAGGACUUAAUGAAGCGUAUUGAUCCAAAUUUAGAUACUGAUGGAGUAAUAUUUCCCGAGCUAGUAAAAUUUAAGCGCCAUAAAAUACU